AUGGCCUCUCUUGCUGAUAUCUGCACUGUUGACUCGGUUUCUCAAACCUCGAGCAGUCCUGCAACGCCUACGAGAGGCAUUGGCAGGUUCGGAACCCCGCGAACCGUUUUCUCGCCUGUAAGAAACUCUCCUGCCAAGCCUGCUCCUUGCAACGACGACGGUGAGACGUACUGGAGCAGCGUGCUUCUGAAGAGCGUGAGGCCGCUGCUGGAGAAACUGGCGAAUCACCUCCCUGACGGCCAGCACAAGCCCUCCAAGGAGCAUAUACCUGACGCACCUGAUGUGAAGCGGCCUGGAAUCGGCCGCUUCGGAGGCAAGCCUGCUGCUGCCGUGCUUGCACCUGCACCUGUGGUCGUCACUGCUGCUGCUGCUGCUGCUGCUGCUGCUGCUGCUGCUGCUGCUGCAGUCACACCGUUUGCUGUGGUUGCGCCUGUGGUGGUGCCUGAGGUAGCGCCUGUGGCUCCAGUGGCUUCAACCACACCACAGGUGGCUGAAGCGUCUGUGACCACGGAAGCAUUUUUGGAGGAGCCGCGUGCAGGUGCUGCUGAUCUGCGUGAGCAGAAAGCCAGAUGGGACAAGCUGCGUCAGGAGGUUCUUGCAAUGGAUAUUGAAAUGACGAAGUUGAGAGCACGUGCUGCUUACCUGAGAUGGGCCAAGCUGGACCAGGCAACGUGGGCCAGGGACAUUGAAGCCGCCAUUGAAGCCUGCCUUCCUGCCUGGAUCGCGCAGGGUAAAACAGGCAAGAAUGGGUGCAGUGGAAAGGCGGUGAGCACUGGUGUGAAGGGUGGCAAGGGCAGCAGCAAGCCUGCAGUCUCUGGCCCAUGUGCAGCAGCAGCAGCAGUUGCGGGUUCACGUGGUGGUGCAUCAUCAGUGAGUGCAACUUGCAAGGCCAGCAGCAGGCAGGCGAGUGGGGUGAAGCAGAGAGAGGAGGGUGGGUGUGGGGAGGGAGCAGCAGGGAGGGCAGCAGGUGGAAGGCAGGGUGGUGUGAAGGCAGCAGGUGGCAGAGCAGUGGCAAGUGGCGUGUGUGGCAGGGAGGGGGUGAAGCAGCAGGCGGGGAGGAGAGAGGGUUUGGUGCAUGAGAGGCAGGCGAAGCCAGGCUGCAGCAGCAGCAGGGCGCACAGAAGGAGCUCCUGUUAG